AUGGACUUCCACAAGAUCUCGCGCCGCAAGCUCCAGGCGCUGUGCAAGCGUAACGGCGUCCGUGCGAACGUUACUAACGAUGCCAUGAUCAAGGCGCUCGAGGGCCUAAGCUCGCUCCUCUUACUCCCCCAUGCUGCCUUUCACGAAGUGGAUGACUCUGUUCUGUUCAUUAAUGCUGGUGGCGAUGCAGCUGCAGGCUAUGAUUCCAAUGUCAAGGUUUCUGUGGUAGACUCUAACAAUCUGGAGCUUGGCAGACUUAAAAAAGAGCUCUGCCAAAAGGAUAUGGAAAUAGAGAGGCUUGAGCAAGCCCUUUGUAGAGAGAGUGAUCAACUGAGAAAUGUUUCUCAAAAAUAUGAAAAUGACAAGAAAUCAUGGGCUGCUGCCAUUCCUAUCUUGGAAAGGAAAAUCAAGGGCCUGAAACAAGCACAGAUAGGGUUGAAUCAUGAAGUACGUGAAUGUGCAAAUGCAUUUCCUGAAUUGAGUAAGAUCAAGAGUGUGGUUCAGGACUUAGUUGCCCAGCAUGAAUGUUUAAAAUUUAAGUACAAUAAAGAGUUGGACAAGAACAGGAAACUUCAUAAUAUUGUUCAGGAGACCAAAGGAAAUAUUAGGGUUUUCUGUUGGUGCCGACCCCUAAGCAAAGAUGAAACGUCAUCAAGUAAGAAAUCUGUAGUGGAUUUUAAUGGAGCCAAUGAGGACACAAAUGAGGUGAGAGCAAAGAAUGAUCUGAAUGGAGAAUGUACAAGCAGUAAACUUUGGCUUGUAGAUUUGGCUGGAAGUGAGCGCUUAACCAAGACUGAUGCUCAAGGUGAACAGCUUAAUGAAGCAAAGUAUAUUAACAGAUCACUUUCUGCAUUGCGUGGUGUCAUUUCUGCUCUUGCUAUGAAAAAUAGCCAUAUACCCUACAGGAAUUCCAAGCUGACAUACUUGCUGCAAGAUUCUCUAGGAGGGAACUCUAAAGCAUUAAUGCUUGUUCAAAUUAGCCCAUCAGAAAGCGAUGCUUCAGAAACCUUGAUGUCAUUAAGUUUUGCUAGCUGUCUUCGUCAUAUUGAAUUGGGGCCAGCAAAGAAGCAGGUUCAUAGUGCCCAACUUCAAAACACCAGACAGAUGGUAAAAGAGCUUGAAGGCCGGUUAGAUUCCAAGGCGCAUUCUCAAAUUACAUCAGAGAAACAGCAGUGUCUGCUUUCUGGAAAACUAAAGGAGAAAGAACAAGAACAUCAGCCAUCAAUUGUGGAACAAAAGAACAAAGUGCUUGAGAGGAAGUUGAAGGAACAAGAACACCAGCGAUCAGCACGAGCAAUUUGUGAGCAUAAUCACAUUAUGAGGAGCUCGAGUUUGCUGAUAUCAGUGUACCACAACCGUGCAGAUCUGCUGGCUACAAAUUUUUGCCGUUCAAUCACCCUCUGCUGUCUUAAGCAUGCCACACAGCUCAUUCAGGCCCUUCUCCGCCCCAUGCAUGUGGUAGUUCGAGAUGAAGUUCCCAUAGCUAGGCGGAAGAGAUGCCAAAAUGAAGUCAGUGGCCAACUCUUGGUCAAGUGGGAAGCCCAGCUUCUCCAACCUCUGAGUGUAACCAACCAUUUUGAUCACAUGUGGCCCAACUGCUGCGCCUUCUGCUAG